AUGGAGCAGCGAGCGGGGCCACCAGAGCCGAGACCUGCAGGACCCACCACGCACCUGCAGCCCAAGGAGGGGACACUGUGGGGGCUCCUCGCCAUCUUCUCGCUGCUGGCUGGGCUGGCUGCGGGGGACAACGUGACGACGGGUGGCCCGGGCACCGUGGAGCUGGCAGAGGACCUGCUGCUGCGUGCCGAGCGCUCACCGCCAGGUGCCAGCAAAGCCAAGAAGGGGGUGCGGAAACCCUCACGGGGGGCCCGUGGGCGCAACUGCCACAUUCGCAACCUGAUGGUGAAGGUGCGUGACCUGGGCCUGGGCUUCAACUCAGAUGAGAUCGUGCUCUUCAAGUACUGCAGUGGGUCCUGCCACCGGGCGCGCAGCAACUACGACCUGACCCUGGGCAACCUGCUGCGGCAGCAGCUCAUCACCCCAGGGCCACAGGAGCGGGUUCUCAGUCACCCCUGCUGCCGGCCCACCCGCUAUGAGGCUGUCUCCUUCAUGGACGUGCAGAACACGUGGCAGACGGUGGAGAAGCUCUCGGCGGCCGAGUGCAGCUGCAUCGGCUGA